AUGCCGUGGUUUUGCCGUGGGGAACGACCACCGGCAUCAACAUCCCUGGAAGAGUAUGCCAACUUCUUGCGGGAGCGCAAGGACGAAGGCCAUGAUGGGAAAGGCAUUGUGGUGCAGUCCCCGUCUUUCCCAAUGUACGUGGUGCCUGUCGAGAUUCUGCUGAAGAUGGUCGAGGUCUGUCCGCACGAAGAGCUCAUGGACCGAGGACUGCUGGUGGAAUUCGACGCGAGCCUGGGGAAUGCUGCGUUUGUGUCACACCAGUGGGUGGGCGCGGGCCAUCCUGACCCGAACUAUGAUCAGAUGAGAGUGUUGCAGGAUGCUUUGAGACACUUGUUGUACAAGGCGGAGGUCGUCUAUCCAAGCAUUGUCUCGGAGAUCGCGCUGUCAAGCACGAAAGGUUUGCCGACAGCGGAGCUGAAGUCUGCGCCGCUUUUCAUCUGGUACGACUAUUUCUCGUGCCCGCAGCGGGAAGACCACAAGCCCCAGCAGAUGCACGCCAUACACAGCAUCCCGGCGUAUGUCGCCCGGUGCGCCUUCUUCUUCGGCCUCUGCCCUGUGAUUUUGAACGCAAGCGAGCAGGUGUUCACGCAGUAUACCUGGGCCGAAAGGGGCUGGUGCCGCAUCGAGAAGGCCUGUCGAGAGCUUUCUCUGAAUCCGACCUGGAUGAUCAUCCGGGGCGCUCGGGAGAUUGAUCUGGUCGUCGAUCCUGCCACAAGUUUAGGGGGACCACCGGGCGAAGGCCAGUUCACGCUCAUGGAGGAUCACCGGACGCUGGCGGGAGUUCUCCUUCGUGCGCUCGAGGAGACGCUGGUGGCGAAGCUCACGGCCCAUGACGUCGCGGGCUAUCGUGCGUUGCUCAAUCUUCAGGCAGUUCACAUGAGGGGGUUUCCAGCCCACAGGGAGAUUGAGCUCGUUCCCGGCUAUGUAGGCUCAGAGAGCAGCGAGUCCGAAGCCUCGAGCGUGGUGCCGCGGUUCUUCCACCAAAACGGCUUCACGAGUGUCCGCGAAGUGGACAGCGUGGGCUGGUCGCCGCUGCACUACGCUGCCAUCCGCGGGGAUGCAGUGCUGAUCGAAGGGCUGUUGGCACAGCGGGCGGAUCCCAACGCCAAAACCAGGAAGACGAAUCGCAUCACCGGCUUUCGCCGCGGUGAUUCGGCGCUGAACGUGUGCCUCUUCUACAAGCACAACGGUGCCGUGCGUCAGUUGAUUGCGGGCCGGGCCAGGGUGGACGACGCUUUCGGAGGCUUCCCGGCCCACGCUGCUGCCAUUUCGGACAAUGCGGAGGGCCUUCGGCUCGUGUGCCAGGCCGGCGCCAACCCACGCCAAUCCUUCUUGGGCGCUGUCUACCCGUUCACGAUUGCCUGCAUGUUCGGCGCCAGAGCCGUCAUUGAAGAGCUGCGGGCCCUUGAUGCCGUUUACCUGAAGGAGUGCCUCGUGUACGCCAUGAUCUUCCGCGGGGGCACUGCACCGAUGGUCCAACAGCUCAUCUCGAUGAGGGCAGAUGUCAACGAACCCAGCUCCACGUCACUGUCCACUCCUCUGGGAUUCCUUUUCCUCUUGAAAUCGCUUCAAUACAGAUUUGGAAGCCCCACGCCCUUGGCCAGAGCAGCGUAUGGCGUAGAAGGACGCACGGCGCUACUUUCGGCCAUUAUGACAGGGCAGUAUGAUGCCGCUGCGGCCCUGAUUGUUUCGAGGGCACAGUUGGAUCUGCGCGACUCCAGUGGGUUCUCUGCGCUGGGUCUUGCAGAAUCGAUGUCCGCGCCAGAGUUCCUGGUGAAGGCCCUUCUGGGCCAGCAGGCGGCCUGUGAGACGGUGGUGCGUGUGAUGCUUGCAAAGGAUGCCAUUGCUGAUGCUGAAGAAGAGGAGGAUGAUGAUGACGGCUCUAUAGAUGGCGAUCCGCUUAUCGAGGAGCGAGUCUAA